AUGGAAGCUUAUCGACCGCCUGCUAAAGAAAGGCGUGUCAACUUCUUCUGCCUCUCAUUUUGGGAAGUUUUUAAGUUGCAGUGGUAUGCUUUUAAUCGCUCUGAAUUGGUCAAUUUAAAAAAGAGAGUUGGCAACAAAUUACUCAAUUUUGUUGACAGAACAAACAGCAGACAGCAAAAUAUGUGAGACUGCUGCUGUUUGUAAGGAAGGAAACCCAACAGGGUCUCGAAAAUGUCUGUUUUGUUUGUAAUGGCCAACGAUACUUGCGACUCAAGCGAGACACUAUUUAG